AUGUCGAUAAAUUUUUUCAAAGGGUAUGCUUCUAAUGAACUCUUUCCAACUAAGGAAAUGGAGGAGAGUUAUAAAAAAGUCAUCCAUGUGGAUUUAAAACCUUUUGAUGAUGAUAAGAAUAAUCAGAAUCCUUUGAAUUAUGGUACUGAUCCUGGUAAUUUAACCACACGUAAGGAAAUCAGUAAAUUCAUGAAUCAAUAUUUCGAUAGACCUGCUUCAGAUCCUGACUGUUUCAAUUUAACAAAUGGUGCGUCCUUCGGUAUGGGGAUGAUCUUGAAUAAAUGUACCAAGAAAGAAUAUACUGAAAGAGUGUUCAUUGUCUCACCAUGUUACUAUUUAGCCAACUUUUGUUUCUUAGAUUAUGGCUAUAAAGAUCAAAUCAAAUCCAUCAAUGAAACUCCAGGUGGUGAAUACGAAAUCGAUUUGAAAGCCUUAGAAAACGAAUUGAAAGUUGUAGGUGAAUUUGGUGAAGAGUUUUAUCAUGAUCCAUUGAGAGGUAAGGAAAGAAUCUACAAGAGUAUCAUUUAUAUUGUACCAAGUUAUUCUAAUCCCGGAGGUUUGACUUAUAGUAUGAAAACCAGAACCAAAUUAAUCGAAUUGGCUAGGAAGUAUAACAUGUUGAUAAUCUGUGACGAUGUCUAUGAUUUACUUACAUAUGACAAUGUUGUAUUACCUAGAUUGGUUUAUAUGGAUAGAGACACAACCAACGAUGAAUAUGGAAACGUUGUGUCAAAUUCUUCCACAUCUAAGAUACUUGCACCAGGAUUGAGAUUUGGAUGGCAUGAAACUGCUACACCAAAGUUAGCUACUCAGUUAAGUCAAGAAGGUUGUGUAAAGUCAGGUGGUACACCAAGUCAAUUAAAUUCUUGUGUAGUGGAAAAUCUUAUGGCCACAGGAGAAUUAAGUAAGAUUGUUGAUAACUAUAAAUCUCAUUAUAAUGAAAGAGCUAAAGUAAUGAUAGAUUGUAUUCUUAAAUAUUUACCUGAAGAUACCAAAUACUACGGAGGAGGCGGUGGUUACUUUGUUUGGACUCAAUUCAACGAUAAGUACGAUAUACCGAAGAUGAUCGAUGAUUUAGGUGAGAAAGGAGUGAUCUUAGCUGGAGGUAAUAAUUUCGAAGUUUAUAAUAAUACCCAAGGGUGGAACAAUUGUAUUAGAUUAUGUUUGAGUUUUUUAACUAGUGAGCAGAUCGUAGAAGGAUUCAAGAUCUGGUCAGAGCUUUUUGAGGAUCACAAAUACAUCAAGGUCACAUGA